UAUACACACACACACACACACAUUUGAUUAAUAUUCAAAUUGUCUGCUGAACAAACAAACGAAAAAAAAACUGAAAACAAUAAUCUACCUGUGUGUGCAGUGUGCAAAAAAAAAAUUUUUGUUUUAACAUCACAAAAAAAACUUUUAAUUAAUUUUGUUCUUUUGUCAACUCACCACCGCCAAUAUCGUCAAUUAGAAUUUGAUCAAUUUGAGACAAUUUUUUUUUUUUGGUCAUUUGAAUUUUUUUUUUGUUUUUCGUAUUCAUCAUCAUAAACACAUAAAUCAUCAUUAUCAUCAUCAUGUAUGUGACAAUGUUAAAAGAUGUUUAUACAACAAUAACAUCAUCAUCAUCAACUACAGCGAUAUCAUCGACAAUGGAACCAUUGGAUCAACAUUCUGUAUUAUGGAUAUUGAUAUUGUCAUUUAUUUUGGCAUUUUUUCUCGCAUUUGGCAUCGGUGCCAAUGAUGUUGCCAAUUCAUUUGGUACAUCAGUUGGUUCAAAAGUUUUAACACAACGGCAAGCAUGUAUAUUGGCAACAAUAUUUGAAAUCAGUGGUGCUGUAUUAUUGGGUUAUAAAGUAUCAUCCACUAUACGUGUUGGCAUGAUAUAUGUGGAAAUGUAUGAUGAUACCAAAGUUUUAAUGGCCGGUUAUUUGGCCGCAUUAUUUGGUUCGGCAUUAUGGAAUUUGGUGGCCACUUUGUUUGGUUUGCCAGUGUCGGGCACACAUAGUAUCGUUGGUUCUAUGAUUGGUUUUUCAAUCGUUGGUCAUGGUUUUGGUUCAGUAAAAUGGCAAGAAUUAAUACGUAUCGUUGCAUCAUGGUUCAUUAGUCCAAUAAUGUCUGGUCUAAUAUCAUUGUCAUUGUAUUUAUUUAUACGUUGGUAUAUUAUUAAUCGUGAAGAACCGCUUAAAAAUGGUCUGAAAAUGUUGCCAGUUUUCUAUGGUUUCACCAUAUUCAUUAACAUUUUUUCCAUUGUUCAUAAUGGUCCAUUAUUUUUAAAAUACAUCACCUGGUGGAUUGCAUUGAUAAUGGCCUGUGUUGUUGGCACAGUGGUUGGCCUUCUAGUACGAAUAUGGAUUGUACCACAUUUACAUGCAAAAAUUCUUGAAAUUAAAUCCAAUCUUACACAUACAGCCAUUCAAAUGACACAACAACAUUUGGAUCAUCAUCUUCAUCAUCAUCAACAGAAGAAUAGUAAAGAAAAUCCGGUCGAUAUAAUGAAAUUAACACCAAUUGUUAAUAAUGAUGAAAAUGGUGGCAUUGAUAAUAGUUGUCCACCAUCGGCUAAUAAUAAUAAUAAUCAGAAUCAGAAUCAGAAUGAUGAUCAUGACAAUAAUAAUAUUCGAAAAUCGAUUGAUGUAGAAAUAGCCGAAAAAAACAAUGUUCAACAAUCGUUCGAUGUUGAUGAUGAUAAACCAGAAGUGGCAAAAAUUUUCACCUUUUUACAUAUUCUAACCGCAUGUUUUAGUUCAUUUGCUCAUGGUGCCAAUGAUACGAGUAAUGCAAUUGGUCCAUUGGUUGCUGUAGUGAUGUUAUAUCAAACCGGUACACAAACAGAUGAAAGCCCAUGGUAUUUAUUAUUAUUCGGUGGUGUUGGCAUGUCAGUCGGUCUUUGGAUUUGGGGUCGUCGUGUCAUACAAACAAUGGGCAAAAGAUUAACGAAAAUAACACCAAGUACUGGUUUUGUUGCUGAAAUUGGUGCCGCCUCAACCGUAUUGUUAGCAUCGAAAAUUGGCCUACCAGUUUCAACUACACAUUGUCAAGUUGGUUCGGUUGUAUUUGUUGGUAAAGCAAUGAAUAGCCAAAAAGGUGUUAAUUGGAAAUUAUUCAUCAAUAUUGCAAUAUCAUGGGCAUUAACAGUUCCAUUAAGUGCAUUAUUUGCUGCAGCUGCAAUGUGGAUACUUAUGUUUACAGUAUAAAACAAUUCAUUCAUUCAUUCACCAUAAUGAUGACAAAUUCCAUAAUGUCAUAACGUCAUUCAUUUCAAAUUUUUUUUGAAUUUGUGCUCGUCAUGAUUAUCAUCAUCUUAUACCAUAUUGCAUCGGUUUUUUUUUGUUUUGUUUACACAUGCAUGAAUAAUCAACACGUGCAUUAGUUUUAAUCAAUUAAACAAACACACACACACAUACACAAAAAUGUCAACAACUGCUCCCCCCCCACAAAAAAAUGAC